AUGUCUCCGCCCUUCCGCCUGCACUCGGGCUUAACACUUGACGAUCGUCCAAAUUUGCUCACGGAGGAGCAAACCGCCAUGCUCGUAACAUUCCAGGCGGCAGUUAACUCGCCGGCCAACCGCCAGAAUUCGGCCCAAAGAAAAGACAAUCUGAGAAAAUCCCUGUUGACCCCAAUGCGGGACCCAGCUACAUCUUUCUUUAGGCAUUCUGCAGAUGAACUUGACUCCCGCGCGAAGAGCUUUCUGGUUAAUCCUGCGGAGUUGCCUGCCUUAAACUAA